AUGAUGGUUCCGCAUAUUACUGACUCAAUCCAAGAGUGGAUUGAGAGUGUAGCUAAAGUUCCUGUGGAUGGAAAGGAAGGCUCUCCUGAUGUAUGUGUCAUUGAAUUAGGCGGGACUAUAGGACCUGGCAAUUUUCGCUUGGUUCAUGUGAGCUUUGUGCCUGUUGUUGUUGGUGAACAUAAGAGGGAGCCAACACAGCAUAGUGUGCGAGAACUCAGGAGGCUUGGGUUGACACCAAAUAUCCUAGCAUGUCGCAGCACAAAGGAAGAGAACAUUGUGACGCUCUAUGACGUUCCAAACAUCUGGCAUGUUCCUCUGCUUUUAAGGGAUCAAAAGGUUCAUGGAGCAAUUUUAAAAGAGUUGAACCUCAUUGGGUUUGUCUCUGAACUUGUCUUUCAAUUUUUUCUUGCCUCUAUGUGCAAAUCCUGUUUUACUCUAGGUUCCACACUUCAGCAGCUGUUUAUGUCUUCUAACUGGAAACAAAUUCUGAAAUUCUUUCUGCAGGCCCUUUUGCAUGCUACUGUGGCAUGUCACAAGAAGCUUGUUUUAGAGUGGGUUGCAGCCAGUGACCUUGAAGAGAUUACUUCUCAUGAAACGCCUGAUGUCCAUAAAGCUGCAUGGGAUCUUUUGAAGGGUGCUAAUGGCAUUCUAGUACCAGGAGGUUUUGGUGAUACAAGAGUGGAAGGAAAGAUACUUGCUACAAAGUACGCACGUGAAAAAGAAGUCCCUUUCCUUGGCAUAUACCUGGGAAUGCAGCUGGCUGUUGUUGAGUUUGCCCGCUCUGUUCUUGGCCAUAAGGAUGCAAACAACACAGAGUUUGAGCCAGAAACUUCAACCCCUUGCGUCAUUUAUAUGCCAGAGGAAUCCACAACUCAUAUGAGAGGCACAAUGCGCUUAGGUUCAAGGAGGACUCACAUUCAGGUUCCUGAUUGCAAGUCUGCUAAGUUGUACGGUAAUGCAGAGUAUGUUGAUGAGCGACACCGUCACAAAUAUGAGGUAAAUCCAGAUAUGAUAGCAGAGUUUGAGCAUCAUAUAAGAUCAGUCCUCUAA